AGCUUGACAAUCCUAAUUUUCACUGCUUUGACAACUGUUCUCCCGAUUUGUGUGCUGCAUUUAUUGAGUUCUACAAAAUGAGUAUCUUCGAGAAGGCUUUAACUAAAGUGGUGGAGCAUAUGCUGGCGCAGAAAAACAUUGAGGUGGAGGAUGAGUCACUGAAACUCUUGAUGGCACGCAAAAUGGGCGACAAAAUUACGGACAUUGCCAAAAUGACGAGUGAUGGGGGAAAUCACGCUGGCCGCACCAAGCCGGGAUAUUUCGAUUUGGAGCGCACCUUUCUGCGCAUGAACAUCAUGCCCGAAGAUCUCCGCGCCGAAGUCAAGGCCAAUGCGGGCAAGCCCAAGCCCAAGAUAGACCUUCCCGAUCCGAAGACAAGCACGCGGGAACAUCACACGGCGGCAAAGCCAAUGCUGGGUGCCACCUCGUCGAAGGAAAUGGCCAAGCACCCGAAUAUUCCCAGUUUCAUUGGGCCGUUUCCCGGCCCACACAGCUACAAGGAGACACCGAUAAUAGCGAUCAUCGACAAGGACUACGUGGAGGCACGUGAGCAGAUGGCACUGAAACGAUUGAACGAGCAGAAUGCCGUCAACAGGCUACACUUGAGCAGGAAGCCAACUGUGUCGUUGUUCAACGAGCCAUGUUCCCGAUUCGAUUUAAUAGACGUGGAGCCGCCCAAGAGACCUUCAUAUUUGGACGCCCUAAUGCCGCGCGACCAGACAUAUAAAACAGAUAUAUACGACACCAAAGAUUCGAUCACCCAUCAAGCACUCAAGAACCCAUUCUUUAUGGAGCCAAAAUCUCCUGGUGCACGAAAGACGCCCUUUCAUGUCGACUUGGGAAUGCCGCUCAAGAAAGAAACCGAUCCAAAGGACAUCGAUAUGGAUGACCCAUAUAAUAUGGAUCCGAUGAUAGUCAGGAAUCCAUUCUCUGUGGAACCAAAGCCUUCUGGUAACGAACCAAAGGACAUCGAUAUGGAUGAGCUGUUUAAUAUGAAACCGAUGGCAGCCAAGAAUCCAUUCGUUAUGGAACCAAAGCCUGCUGGCACCGCAAAAACGCCUUUUCAUGUCGAUUUGGGAAUGAGCCGCGAGAAAGACAACGAUCCAAACUACAGCGAUAUGGAUGAGCUGUUUAAUAUGCAACCGAUGAAAGUCAAUAACCCAUUUUUAAUGGAACCAAAGCCUGCUGGUACCCCAAAGACGCCCUUUCAUGUCGAUUUGGGAAUGACCCGCGACGGAGAAGACAUCGAUAUGGAUGACCUAUUUGAUAUUAGUAAACUAACAAAGGACCCUAACGAGACCCCAAAAGAACUUGCGCUGGGCGAUAUUUUAGAAAAAAAGACUGACUUAAAUCUUGUAAAGGAUCCACCACAGAUACUAAACACAGACGAGAUAAUUGAGAUAGUGGAUUCCCCCGAGACUCCAGAGACAACUGAAGAGGAAACUAAGCAAAAUGCAUUCAAGGGGCCACUAACCGAGCAGGAGAAUAUCGCUCAACGGAAGCGCGAAGAAAAUGUCGAGCAGGCUUCCACUUCAGGCUCCGGAAAGCGCAUCAGGGAGAAAUCUCACAGAAAGAGCAGCCGCUCUGAGAAGAAGCACAAGAAGCAGGAGAAAUCCAGCAAAGUUUCUAAAAGUGACUUGAAUCUGGAGAAGGUUUCACAGAGAUUUGACACUGCUGAUCCAUCAAAAAAGCCAAAGACCAAAGGUAUUCUUGGGAUUUAGUUCUGUUUCAUGGUAUUAUUUUCACAUAAUUAAC